UGGUCGAAGCGGGCGGGCUGCGCUCCCUGAGACCGAGCAGCUGCACCUGCCCGGCCCUGCCGCCAUCCUGUGCAACUCUCCCGCCCCUUCCCCGAGGCCUGGGUCUCCGGGACCGCGCGGCCUGAGCAAAACCAAGCCGUGCGCUAAGCACCCGCGCGCUCUGGCGCGCUGCGCCUACCGGGGCCCAGCGGGAGAGCCGUGCGGUGGAACGGAUCCCCGGGUCCCAGGCCGGGCUGGGCAGCUGCAUCGCGGCCCUGAGGGUCAGAUGAAUACCGGCUGCACCCCUUGCCACCCGCCGCUGGGCGCUCCCGAGAGACCAAAAGGGACCAGCCCCGAGAUGGCCCGGAGAACCGGUGCAUUGGCGGCGGGUCCUGUCUCUCCACGUCGUCCUUGCCCGGGAACAAUCCGGGAGCUGGUAGCUUAGCUGCACUGGCUUCGGAUGGACCUUGACCCGCGAGGCGGCGCCGCAUUUGUGCCGAGUUCCAGCUGAGGGACGAAGGCGGAGCGCAACUCUCGGCGGCGGGGAGAGGGGGCUUCUCCGAGUCCCAGACCCCCGCUUUCCCAAAGCGCGGCCGGCCAUGAAGAUGAUCCUGGUGCGCAGGUUCCGCGUGCUCAUCCUGAUGGUUUUCCUGCUGGCCUGCGCCCUGCACAUCGUGCUGGACCUGCUGCCCAAGCUAGAGAGGCGCGCCGCGCGGCCCUCCGGGGAGCCCGGCUGCUCCUGCGCGCAGCCCGGGGCCGAGGCAGCGGCACCCGGCUGGGCCCAAGCACGGGGAAGCCGGGCUGGGGAGCCUCCGGCUGCCGCCUCGGCCGCCGGCGAUGCAGGCUGGCCGAACAAGCACACGCUACGCAUCCUACAGGACUUCAGCUCCGACCCGGCCUCCAAUCUCACGUCCCACUCGUUGGAGAAGCUGCCACCCGCAGCCGAGCCGGCCGAGCGCGCCCCACGGGGCAGGCAGGAGCCUGGCGCCCCGCGACCCCGCGACCCCGCGCACCGGCCGCUGCUUCGAGACCCGGGGAUCCGGAGGCCCGCGCCGCCCCUUUCCCCCAGCGGGGAAGGCUCGCUCUUGGCCAGGCUGUUUGAGCAUCCGCUCUACCUGGGGGCUGUCCCACCCCUGACGGAGGACGACGUCCUGUUUAAUGUGAACAGCGACCUCAGGUUCAACCCCAAGGAGGCAGAGAACCCCGACUGGCCACACGAAGGCGCCCAAGGUGCAGAAUUUCUACCCACCGGGGAGGGGGCAGUGGAUUUCUACCCCAACUGGCUCAAAUUCCACAUUGGCAUUAACCGAUACGAGCUAUACUCCAGACACAACCCAGCCAUUGAGGCCCUACUGCAGGACCUCGGCUCCCAGAAGAUCACCAGUGUGGCUAUGAAGUCAGGGGGCACACAGCUGAAGCUAAUUAUGACGUUCCAGAAUUACGGGCAGGCGCUAUUCAAGCCCAUGAAGCAGACAAGGGAGCAGGAGACACCACCAGACUUCUUCUAUUUCUCAGACUACGAGAGACACAAUGCAGAGAUCGCAGCCUUCCACCUGGACAGGAUCCUGGACUUCCGCCGCGUCCCUCCUGUGGCUGGCAGGAUGAUCAAUAUGACGAAGGAAAUUCGGGAUGUCACCCGAGACAAGAAGCUGUGGAGGACCUUCUUUGUCUCUCCAGCCAACAACAUCUGCUUCUACGGAGAAUGCUCGUACUACUGCUCGACGGAGCAUGCCCUGUGCGGGAGGCCGGACCAGAUAGAGGGGUCCCUGGCUGCGUUCCUUCCAGACCUGUCCCUGGCCAAGCGGAAGACAUGGCGGAACCCUUGGCGCCGCUCCUACCACAAACGCAAGAAGGCCGAGUGGGAAGUGGACCCCGAUUACUGCGAGGAGGUGAAGCAGACUCCACCCUAUGACAGCGGCCACCGCAUCCUGGACAUCAUAGACAUGACCAUUUUUGACUUCCUCAUGGGGAACAUGGACCGUCACCACUACGAGACCUUUGAGAAGUUUGGAAAUGAGACUUUCAUCAUUCAUCUGGACAAUGGGCGAGGGUUUGGGAAGUAUUCUCACGAUGAACUUUCCAUCCUGGCGCCUUUACAGCAGUGCUGCAGGAUCCGGAAGUCCACCUACCUGCGGCUGCAGCUGCUGGCCAAGGAGGAGCACAAGCUGAGCGUGCUGAUGGCCGAGUCCCUGCGGAGGGACCGGGUGGCCCCUGUGCUGUACCGGCUGCACCUGGAUGCCCUGGACCGGCGGCUCCGCAUUGCACUGCAGGCCGUGCGGAACUGCGUGGACAAGCAGGGGCUGGGCAGCGUGGUGGAGGAUGAUCUGGGUGUCGAGCACAGAGCCACCACCGAGAGGUAGUGACCUGUGCCCGCCUGCAAUGACCUCGAGGAAGGAGAAGGGCGCGGCCACGCAGGAAUUCAGAGGCAGCCUGGGGUUGUCUCCACGCCACGUGGGUGAACUGUGACCCCGGAGGCCUGGACCUUCCAAGUGUCUGCAGCAGAGACUGGAGGAGUCGCCUGCAACUCGCAACCCAGUGGCUGCAGCAGAGACACCGUGUUCUUUUGAAUAAGGACACCACACCUUUGCCCACUGUUUUGUAUUUAUAUAAGGUGUACACGACACAAUGGACAGCCACCCACACAGACCACACAUUGCGUCCGGGAUUAAACGAGGGUGCAGAAUAGCUCCUACGGGACCCCAUCUCCUUGGCUCACUCUUGAACUCUGAACUUCAGUGGAAAAAGAAAACUCUGCUCCUUCCGGGGGCCUCUGACCUCAGGCUGCAGAGCCCCGCUGCGAUGGAGGGGGAUCUGGGCCCAACCUAAUGGCCUGUGAGUGGACAGACAGGCUCCUGAGUGUGGCUUUUGGGGGUGGGGGUUCAAUGACUAGUUUAUGUACUUGUCCACUGCUUGGCAGUGGCUGGACCUUCACUGUGGGCAGGGGCCGCUGUCCACCCUGGGCUUCGAUGGGACAGUUGGUGUAGCUGUGUUGCCCACGGCUCACAGGCCCCAGCUGCUAUAGGCCAACCUUGCAACGUUUCUGUGGAUUGUUUUCAGUAUGGUACAAGUGUUAAUAAAGAUACAGCAAGUGCG